AUGGCUUCUCAAACGGUUCGCUUUCAUCAGAUUCUCCUUCCUAGUCCUUUCCUGCGUCGAGUCGGUUUAGAUCUACGACCUUCAUCGCUGUCUUCAUUACUCAUUCUCUUAUGUGUUCUCAGAAAGAGGACCCAGUUGCUCUGCCUUCAGCAAAAGUCUGAAGAACUUUGGCAUCAGUACAUAAGUUAUGGAAGGAAUCCGAGAUUGUUCAUUUCCUUCAUAAUUGCAUUAGCUUGCAUAGGCAUUGUUUUGUUCUUAAUCAUUCAAGGCCUGGCCUCCUGUGCGCCCAAGACCCUCCCUCCCCGUGAAAAGCAAAGCAGACAGUCUGCGGGAGGAAGACAUCCCUCCCAAUUACAGUCAGGACAUCCCUCCCAUUACAGUCAGACAUCCCCCGUCUGCGGGAGGAAGAUAUUCCUCCCCAUUACAGUCAGACAUCCCCCCGUCUGUGGGAAGAAGACAUCCCUCCCAGUCCCAAGCACCCCCCCGUCUGUGAAGAAGACAUCCCUCCCCAGUACAGGCAAACACCCCGCCUGUGGGAGGAAGACAUCCCUCCCCAGUACAAGAAAACACCCCUCCGCCUGUGGGAGGAAGACAUCCCCAGUACAAGCAAACGCCCCCCCGCCUGUGGGAAGAAGACAUCCCUCCCCAGUACAGGCAAACACCCCCCGCCUGUGGGAAGAAGACAUCCCCAGUACAGCAACACCCCCGUCUGUGGGAAGAAGACAUCCCUCCAGUACAGGCAAAACACCCCCCGCUGUGGGAGAAGACAUCCUCCCAGUACAGGCAGUGGGAAGAAGACAUCCCUCCCCAGUACAAGCAAACGCCCCCCCGUCUGUGGGAGGAAGACAUCCCUCCCCAGUACAAGCAAACACCCCCCGCCUGUGGAAGAAAGACAUCCCUCCCCAGUACAUGUGUGGGAAGAAGACAUCCUCCCCAGUACAAAACACCCCCCCGCCUGUGGGAAGAAGACAUCCCUCCCAGUACAGCAAACACCCCCCCGCCUGUGGGAAGAAGACAUCCCUCCCCAGUACAGGCAAACACCCCCCGUCUGUGGAAGAAGACAUCCCUCCCCAGUACAGGCAAACCCCCCGUCUGUGGAAGAAACAUCCCUCCCCAGUACAGGCAAACACCCCCCGUCUGUGGGAAGAAGACAUCCUCCCCAGUACAGCAAACGCCCCCCGUCUGUGGGAAGAAGACAUCCCUCCCCAGUACACAAACACCCCCCGUCUGUGGGAAGAACAUCCCUCCCCAGUACAGCAAACACCCCCCCGCCUGUGGGAAGAAGACAUCCCUCCCAGUACAGGCAAACACCCCCCGUCUGUGGAAGAAGACAUCCCUCCCCAGUACAGGCAAACACCCCCUGCAUCCCUCCCAGUACAGGCAAACACCCCCGUGUGGGAAGAAGACAUCCCUGUACUAAAAGGAAAAUUUGACUUGACAGUCAAAGGAAAACGACAGUCAAAGGAUAACCUGACUUCAAAAGAAAACCUGACUGUAAGGCCUUACAGUCAAACGAUAACUAAAAACUUGACAGUCAAGAAACUUGACAGUCAAAAGAAAACAACUGUAAGACAGUCAAAAACUAAAAAACUUGACAGUCAAGAAAACUUGACAGUCAAAAGAAAACUUGACUUCAAGAAAAACUUGACAGUCAAAGAAAACCUGAAAGAAAAACUUGAAGACAAGAGUCAAACAAAACUUGACAAAGUUGACAGUCAAAGGAAACCUGACUUCAAAGGAAAACCUGACUGUAAGGCCUUACAGUCAAAACUCGAGUCAAAGGAAAAACUCGAGUCAAAGAAAACUCAAAGAAAAACUCGAGUCAAAGAAAACUCAAAGAAAACAAGAAAACUCGAGUCAAAAGAAAACUCAAAGAAAACUCUCAAAGAAAAGUCAAAGAAAACUUGA